AUGGCCGUUGCAACUUGGGCCUUUGCCGUCCUCGCAUGGCUGGGGGGUGCCAACGCCCUCCUCAACGCCACAGAGACGACCACCACCAUCACACUCGCCAACGAACGCAUGAGCUUCAUUCUCACCAAGGCCACCGGCUACAUGACGGGUGUCACUCUGGAUGGCGUCAACCUCCUCGGUACGAGCGUGUCCUCGUCCACCGCCAUUGGACCCUAUGUGGACGCCAUAUUUACGCCGAAGCAAACCCUCUUGACCCUCGGUAGCACUGCCAAUCACACCAUGUUCACGGGCACUGAUUCGACCGGCAAGAAGUAUGGCGGUAUGGUCUUGAACCAAGAUAAUGCCGAUGGUGUCCCCGGCGCCGUGCUCCAGCAAUACUGGCUGCUCCGUGAAGGCGAAACCAACCUCCAUGGCUUCAGCCGUAUCGCGUAUCACGGCGACGUCGAGAACCUGGCUAUCCUCACCCAGAUUAGAACUCUCUUCCGCCCCCACGGUACCUUCUGGACCCACAUGAGCGUCACCGACGACUUUUACGCUCCCGAGCCCGCCCCGGAUCCAGCCGUCGCCUCGCAGGACACAGGUGUCGCUACUCUGGUGCAAGACACUACCUGGUACCUUGGUGCCCGCACGGGCGACCCCUGGGUCACGGAAACGGCCGACUACUUUACAAAGUACAGUAUGACCGAUACCUACCGCGACCACGACGUCCACGGCCUCGUGGCCGAUGGAACUCGAACCGCCGACAACUCAACCUAUGGCGCGUGGAUGGUUUACAACACCAAAGAUACGUUCUACGGUGGCCCCACUUAUUCAGAACUCACAGUCGAUGGCCUGCUUUACAACAUCAUGAUGAGCAACCACCACGGCAACACGUCGCCCAACAUCACCAACGGUUACGACAGGACGUUUGGUCCCAGCAUCUACCACUUCAACAAGGGACCUGCUGGCCAGUCGGUCGAAGCUUCUGUCGCUUCCCUCCGUGCCGAAGCAGCCACGCACGCCAAUGCCAACACCUACGCCCAGUUUUACGACGACGUUGCUCAGUACGUCACCGGCUACAUCCCCACUUCGAGCCGUGGCAAGUGGUCGUCCAAGAUCCAUCUUCCCGAUGGUGCCAUCAACCCCGUUGUCAUCCUCUCCGCGCCGGGCCUUGACUACCAGGACAAUGGCUUUGACGUCAAUGCCUACCAGUACUGGGUGACUCCCGACGCCAAGGGUAACAUUGUGAUUGACAAGAUCAAGCCUGGCAACUACCGAGUCACAGCAUACGCCGAGGGUAUCUUUGGCGACUUUGUCUAUGAAAACAUCACCAUUGCUGCCGGCAAGACGACCAACACGGGUACCCUGCAGUGGCGCGCCGAGUCUGCCGGCACUGAACUCUGGCGUAUUGGAACCCCCGACAAGAGCGCCGGCGAGUUUAGGCAUGGCAAUGCUCCCUCGUCGCGAUCCGGUGCCAUCGACGAGUUUAGGGUGUACUGGGGCGCGUACGACUUCCCCACCGACUUCCCCAACGGCGUCAACUUUACUGUUGGCAAGAGCGACAUUGCGACAGACCUCAACUACGUCCACUGGAGUGUGUACGGCUCGACUUACACGCGUCCCGCCAUUGUGGCGUCGCCGACCAUCAACAACUGGACCAUCAACUUUGAUACCACUGCCGCUCAGCUCAAGAACAAGAAGACGGCCACUCUCACCAUCCAGUUCGCCGGAAUUGGUACCGAGGCAGGCAACACGGAUGUCAUGACGGGCGCGUAUGCCAACCUCCCGUACAACGUGGCCAUCAACGGCAACGACCUUGAGACGUUUGUCGUGCCGGCGUGGCACUCGUCGAGCUGCUCCAUUCGCUCGGGCAUUACCUGUUAUCAGGUCCGCAACCAGUGGACGUUCCCCACCGCCAGCUUGAGCACCACUUCAACCAACGCCAUGACUCUCAGCCUGCCGUUCAACGCGACCGCAGGAGCCGUCACUCUCUCCAGCUUGUCAGUCAUGUAUGAUGCCCUCCGUCUGGAGGUGGCCUAG